AGUUCUCCUAUCAAAGAUCCCUGGGGCUGUAGGCAACCAACUACACAUAACCAAACAAAUUAAACAUAACCUAAAAUGCAAGUUUUUAAUAAUUAUUAAGAUGAACUUAAUUAUUUCAAAUAGUUUAAACGUAUUACUAUUAUUUUCUUCGAUUUAUUUAUGGAAAUGGUAUUUUCGCCUCAAGAAAACCCACGAAAAAAUAAUCGAAACAUAUAGAUGCCACAACACGGUCAUAAUUUACUCUAGAAGACGAGGAAUCUCGGGUUGGCCGAAAUAUAACGUAGAUCCUUAUCGAAUCGAAUUCAAAAAUCUUAGUAGAAUAUUCGAACCAAUAACUCAUUUUAUAACAACCUCAGAAAAAACUGUAGAUAUUGCUGUGAUGACCAUAUCCUCUUCGGUUCUAAUAAAUACAAUAUUAAAUGUGUUACGAAAAGGAAUUCGUGUGAGAAUUAUUUUGAAUUAUGCUCACAGUGAAAAUGUGCUGGUAAAAAAGCUUAUUAAAAACGGUGCUGAUGUAAUAUUUUUUGUUGAACCUUCGACAACAUGCAGUUUAUUUCAUUAUAAAUAUGCUAUAAAAGAUUAUGGCACAAAUAAUCAAGCUGCAUAUUGUGGUUCUAUUAAUUGGACUGAUUCUGCGUUUACCAGCAAUUAUGAAGAUUUAACAAUUUCAACAAAUAAGUAUAUUGUAGAUCGUUUCAAUGAAAAUUUUAAUGAUUCUUUCGAAUAUAUCAAAAAUAUGAACAAAGCAAAGACAUAAAAAUAU